AUGGAUGAACGUCUUCAUUUCUAUCAAAUUCCUUGGUCGCAUUAUUGCGAUAAAGUUCGUUGGGCGCUCGACUUGAAGGAUGUUCCCUACGAAGCGAUCAACUAUAAUCUCUUAGGAAAAACGAAAGGUUUGGAACGAGCGCCCAAGACACUUCGCAAACUGAUGCCAAUGAUCGAAGAUCCAAACAGUAAAGACAACACUCCAUUUCGAUGUGAUUCCACGCCUAUUUUACUCUAUUUGGACGCUCGAUACCCUCAAUCGUCAAUGCCUCUCUUUCCAUUGUCGCCACUCGAACGACGUCAAAGUGUCAUUGACAUGUGCCUUCGUCUCGAUUCAGAAUUAGGUCUUUACACUCGUCGUCUAGUCUACGUUCAAUUGAUCAAAGAAAAACCUAAUGCAUUAUCGAUUCUUCUUGGUGAAAAAUUUUCGUGGGCCUACAAUCCUGAUGAUGUUCGUUCUCGAUUAAUCAGUCCUAUUCUCAUUUGCUUUAUGAUCUCUCGCUUCCGACUUCAUCGCAUACGUGAAGAGCGCAUACGAGAAAAAACCGAAUGUAUCCUUUUGGAAAUUGGCGAGCAUUUGCGUACAAACGAUUACCUCAUCGGUCAACAAUUCACAGCGGCCGAUCUAACGUUUUGUUCGCUUGUCAAAUCGCUCAAGCGUGUACCCUUUUUUAGUGAUGAUCGUCGAUUUCGAAUUAUUUUUGAUUAUCACGAACGAAUUCGACAAAAAUACGAUCCGAAAUAUCCGAACAUUGAUCAUUUCGUCGACAAAUUGGCGGAUAGACAUCGCGUACAAGUGAAAAAGAAAGAAAAGAGUUUGACCACUCGCGUCAGAGCAUUCAUUCAUCAAAUUAAUUUUGUUCAGCGAUUCUUUUUUUGGAUCAUGACGAUGGUUGUGAGCAGACUGUACGGAUUGGCAAGUGAUGAACAAGAGACAGUUGAGUUCAAGAUGCCAUCACCGGCACACGACGAGCAACAGCAACAAGAGGCGCUCAAUGAUCAACGAACAGCAAAUGUAAAGUCGACAUGGUCAUUGGUUACAUUUUUCUUCAAAUACCUAUGCCAUUUCGUAUUUAGUAUUCCUGGCCAAGCUGAAUAUUUGAACGGAAAAACAUAA